AACUUGGAAUCCAUUUCCUCCAUAUCACUUAUAUGGGACCCUAGAGAGUAUUAAAUAUACAAUGAUAACCUAGAAAUGGAAUAAAGAAGAAGAUAGGGAGACAUCAAGAAUAAGGAAGGAAUGAUCCACUAGUGCUGUUUGGUUUAUUCUGUGACUAGAAAAUCUGAAUACAUAUAAUCACUGCCAAAAACUCAACCAAUCAGCGACAACCACGAUGGAGAUGCAACAGCUUCUUUCCAUGGGUUUUCCCGACGAGUUAGCCGCCCAAGCCUUAGCUGCCACCGGCGGUAAAUCCACCGUCAAAGCCACCGAAUGGAUUCUCACUCACAAACCUACCUCCUCCACCACCACCACCAACAACUCUUCACCUUCACCAUCUCCACCACCACCACCACCGUCUUCAUCAUUCGCAUUCCAACCGAAACUCGACCGGUUCUUCCAAAACCCAAACCCAAACCCAUCUCCACCACAACACAUUGAAGAGCAAGAAACUGAAACAGAGGAACCAACCAAACGUAUAAAGCUCUCACAGACACAAUCUCAAACACCUACACUGCAAAACAACAAACCCUCCUUUUUCUUCAACCGUUCCAAGAAACAAACUCAAACUCAAACCCACACUCAUGAACCCUUAUACGAACGCUUACGUCCCAGAACAUUGGACGAUGUUGUCGGGCAGGACCAUCUUCUAUCAGCAAAUUCCAUUCUCCGUUCCGCAAUCCAACGCAACCGUUUACCUUCUAUCCUCUUAUGGGGUCCACCUGGCACAGGUAAAACCACUAUUGCCAAAGCUAUUGUCAAUUCUUCAACAACCACUUCAACAUUCUAUCGUUUUGUGUCUUUAUCUGCUGUUACUAGUGGUGUUAAAGAUGUUAGAGAAGCUGUUGAUGAAGCUAGAAAACUCAGACUCAAAACAAAUCAAACUACUGUUCUUUUUGUGGAUGAGGUUCAUAGGUUUAAUAAGUCUCAGCAAGAUUCUUUCUUACCUGUUAUUGAAGAUGGUAGCAUUGUUUUCGUUGGUGCUACUACUGAAAACCCUUCUUUUCAUUUGAUUACACCCCUUUUGUCGCGUUGUCGAGUCCUUACUCUUAACCCUCUUCAACCGCAGCACCUCAGUUUGCUUCUUAACCGUGCUGUUACUGAUAGAGAUAAAGGGUUGGUGAAAAGUCUCGGUUUUGGUUCUGAUUCUGGUUCUGGUUCUUCCCGAGUUGAUGUUAGUGUUGGUGAAGAUGUGGUUGGUUUUAUAGGUAAUAAUUGUGACGGGGAUGCUCGUGUUGCUUUGAAUGUAUUGGAGAUUGCUUCUGUUACAGCAGCUGCUCGGGUACAACAUGAUAAUGGAGAAUGCAAGGAUGCUGUUAUUGUUGUUGCUGUCAGUGUAGAGGAUGCAAAGGAGGCACUUCAAAGUAAGCAUCUUGCAUAUGAUAAAGCUGGGGAAGAACACUAUAAUUUGAUCAGUGCAUUGCACAAGUCUAUGAGGGGAAGUGAUGCUGAUGCAGCGAUUUAUUGGCUGGCAAGAAUGUUAAAAGGAGGUGAAGAGCCACUUUAUAUUGCACGUAGGCUUGUACGGUUUGCAAGUGAGGAUGUUGGUUUGGCUGAUCCUUUAGCUCUUAAUCAAGCUGUUUCUUGCUACCAAGCUUGUCAUUUUAUUGGAAUGCCAGAGUGCAAUGUGAUUCUUGCACAAUGUGUUGCCUACUUGGCUUUGGCUCCUAAGUCUAUAGCGGUUUAUAGAGCGAUUGGAGAUGCUGAGAAGGUAGUGAGGGAAUCUGUUGGACAGAAUGAAGGGGUGCCUCUUCAUCUCAGGAAUGCACCGACCAAGUUAAUGAAGGAAGUUGGGUAUGGGAAGGGAUACAUAUACACUCCUGAUAACCCUUCUGCAACACAGAGCUUUUUGCCACCCUCCCUUCAAGGGUUCAAAUUCCUCCAUUGGCCUGACAGGAAUCCUUCUGAAUCUGACGGAUGAAAAUGUUUAAUUCCGAUGGAAGUUUUUAUGUCAUUUUGUUCCUUUUUUUUGUUUCUUCAUACAUAUUUCUCUCCACUACCACCUUUUUGGCAUUGCAAAGAAGUGUGUAGUAUAGGUAUAGGCAGUGGUGGAAGAAUGGCUAAUGCAAGUGUAAUGCAUGAUGUAGAUUUUGACUCAAUCAAAUGCUCGUUUUGAUAAA